UGUUUACAUCCGGUUCUUUGCGUAGUGUGUAGGUCCUAGUGAAUCGUUCCCGCCACCGAUUACGGGAUUAUUGGGUAAGUAUCAUCUGAGAAGAUGCCCGCAGCGAAGCGGCAGAGGAAGAAAGAACAUGUUGCAGCUCCUGUUGAACCCUCUUCAGAAAUAUCCAUUCCAGAAAGUCACAAUGACAGAGAAAGUGACAGCGAUUUUGAAGAACCAGGCCAAGUUGUAGUUUCCAAAGGAAAGAAACGACAGAGAAAAGCACCAGAUGGGGGUGGUCGCCAGAGAAAAGCUGGCGGUGGGGGUGGUGGACGUGGGAGGAAGAAAAGUGGUGAGGAAGAGGAUGCAGGAACAGGCAGUAUGUUUGAUGUGGUUCGGGGAGGACGGUCAUCGUUACAGUCCUCAGUAGACGAUUGGAUUGAAAAAUACAAGAAUGACAGGGAUGCUGCACUUCUGGAGUUGAUCCAGUUUUUCGUCCAGUCAUCCGGCUGUAAGGGGAAGAUCAGUCCAUACAUGUACGCUAACCAAGAACACUCGGAAAUCAUCAGGAAAAUGACAGAGGAGUUUGAUGAGGACAGUGGUGAUUACCCACUGAUAAUGAGUGGGCCGCAAUGGAAAAAGUUCCGCUCCAACUUCUGUGAGUACGUACAGGUGUUGGUACGACAGUGCCAGUACAGCAUCAUCUAUGACCAGUAUAUGAUGGACAACAUCAUCUCUCUCCUCACCGGACUCACCGAUUCCCAAGUCCGAGCAUUCAGACACACCUCUACUUUAGCAGCCAUGAAGUUGAUGACAGCUCUAGUAGAUGUGGCACUGAAUCUGAGUAUCAACUUGGACAACACUCAACGACAGUACGAAGCUGAACGACAGAAGCAACAGACCAAACGUGCCAACGACAGGUUGGACAUGCUGUUACAGAGGAGACAGGAGUUGGAAGAAAAUCAGGCAGAAAUCAGAAACAUGUUGACUUAUAUAUUCAAAGGAGUGUUCGUACAUAGAUACAGAGAUGCCCAGCCCGAGAUCCGGUCAAUAUGUAUAGCAGAAAUAGGAGUGUGGAUGAAGAGAUACCCUAAUAUGUUUUUAGACGAUGGAUACCUGAAAUAUGUUGGUUGGACUUUGUAUGACAAGGUGGGGGAGGUCCGUCUCCAUUGUCUGCGAGCACUUCAGCCACUCUAUAACACUGAGGACUUGGCUCACAAACUGGAACUCUUCACCAACAGAUUCAAGGACCGGAUUGUGGAGAUGACACUAGAUAAGGAAUAUGAAGUAGCUGUACAAGGAAUCAAGCUCGUCAUCAGUAUCCUCAAGUUCAAUGACACAAUCCUAGGAGACAAAGACUGUGAGAAUGUUUAUGAAUUGGUGUACUCUUCACAGCGUCAGGUUGCACAGGCUGCAGGGGAAUUCUUAAAUGCCAAACUUUUCCGCAAAGAUGAAGAGUUGACAAGAACUCUAAAAAUACAUAAAGGAAAGAAGCAAAGUUUGAACGCUCCACUCAUCAGAGAUCUGGUGCAGUUCUUCAUUGAAAGUGAGUUACACGAGCAUGGAGCCUACCUGGUAGACAGUUUAUGGGAUAUUAACGAUAUGAUGAGAGACUGGGAAUGUAUGACAGAUCUACUACUGGAGGAACCUCCCAAGGGAGAGGAACCCCUUGACGACCGACAGGAGACAAGUCUCAUUGAAAUUAUGGUAUGCUGUGUAAAACAGGCGGCUACAGGAGAAUCACCUGUCGGAAGGGGCCCAAACAGAAAGUUAACCGCCAAAGAGGGUAAACAGGUUAUGGAAGACAAAACACGUCUGACAGAACACUUCAUAGCAACACUACCACAGCUUCUCCUUAAGUAUCUGAUGGACCCAGAAAAGGUUGCCAAUCUUUUAACGAUCCCACAAUACUUCAACCUGGAGAUCUAUACAGCUAGUCGACAGGAGAAGAACCUGGAGCUGACGUUACGCUACCUACACGAGGUUGUGGAAAAACACACAGACACAGAGGUCCUGGAGGCAAGCUCCAAAUGUUAUGAAUGCCUGUGUAAUGAGGACUACGCUAUUGCUGGAAAGUGUGAUGUGGCUAGAAAAACUCUUAUUGACUCCCUUGUUGCCAAGUUCAAGGAAGCCAUGCAAGACUUCUUUGCUGAGGGUGAGGAGCCAGAUGAGGAUGAAAUGUUUGCAUUGGUAGCAUGUCUAAAACGGAUCUAUGCCUUUUAUAGUUGUCACAAUUUAACAAGUUGGAAUCUCUGGGACGAUCUGUUCCACAUCAUCAAAGCAGGAAAUGACAACCAAUUAGCAAUUCCUGAGGAGAUUAUCAGUAAAGCGAUAUCCUCAUGCAGUAUGGCCAUCCUGUGGUAUCUUCAGGCUCUAGAUACCAGUAACCCGGACAAAAAUCGUAUGAGGAUGCUGAGGAAGAGAUUGGAGGAGUUGAUGAGACAUUGUCAUGAACUUAUGUUUCACCAGCAGGACAAAGUCACAGAGGAGAGCUACAUUACGAUCUGUGACCUGCUGAUCGUGUUCAGUAAACACCUUGGGGACAACGGUGUAAUGAAACCGCUCGUGUUUGAGCCUGACAAGACACUACAGACACAGCUUAGCAACUUUCUUACAGAAAAAGUGUUUGUCGAGGAUGAGGAUGAUGAUGUUGACGAGAAUGUAAAGAUCGAGGAGCUACACAAGCGACGUAACUUCCUGGCCUGUUUCUGUAAGCUGGUCGUGUAUAACAUUGUCAGCAUCAGGGUAGCAGCAGACAUGUUCAAACACUACAUGAAGUUCUAUAAUGAUUAUGGAGAUAUCAUCAAGGCAACAUUAGCCAAGGCUAGAGAAAUCAACAAGGUGACCACAGCUAAAACCCUCGCACUUAGUCUCACUCAGUUAUUCCGAGAGCUACAUGCAGAACAAGGCAUAAUUGACAGAUCUUCUGAAGCCUUCCAGUCUCUUAAGGAACUGGCGAGGAGAUUUGCCUUGUCAUUUGGACUUGACCAGAUCAAGAACAGGGAGGCUGUAGCAGCUAUGCAUAAGGAGGGUAUCCUGUAUGGUCUGGCAACGGAAGAAGGUCAUGAAGGACCCCCAUCCAAUAUUGCCUUCUUGGAGGUGUUGUGUGAGUUUACAAACAAACUCAUGAAGCAGGAUAAGAAAGUGGUACUGAACUACCUAGACAAACACCUGCCGGCCACUGGGAUUCCCCAGACCAACCGUAGUGAUGAAUGGCAAUCUCUGAUCACCUAUAGAAAUAGUUUGGUCCAGGGAGAACACGAAAUCCACCCCAUCACACUAAAACAGGCCUCACAGAGGCGCUAUGGCAAACGCAAAGCAGACAUCUCUGACCAUGACUCUAACACUGGAGAUUGGGGAGAGCCUCCAACACCGGCACCAAAUAUGCCUCCACAGUUUACCUCUACGGCCAUCAAACGACGCCGUGCUGAUGAGGAGAGUGUCGGUGCACCUUCAGAGCAAGGAUCGGAACAGGACUUCCAGGACUCGGGUAAUGUCGGUAUGAGUCAAAUGUCCCAGGUGUCGUGGAUAAAUGCCCAGAAACAGCAGCAGGAUUUACAGCGCCAGAUGGAGCCGAACUACAGCAGGAUGAGACCCCCUCCAUCUAACCUGCCCCCUGGUACUCCACAGAUAGACACGGACCAGAGUAGUGAGGAGGCCAGUAUCCACGACUUCGAAAGUCCCCAAAUGAUGGCCUCUACACCUGCACACCCCUCUCAUCAGUACCCUGUGGCUGCACACCACCGCCAGUACCAGGCUCAGGUACACCCCUCCCCACAACAGGGUUACUAUGACGACGGGUCUCAACAUAUAGAGGACCCAUCACAGCAACAGACUCCAGCAAUUCCUCAACAAAUGGCUCAGUCUGACAUGAGCCACCCAGGAUUUUGAAGAAACGAUGGCAUGAUGAAGGCAGCAUUGACUGUUAAUGGUCCAAACCCAAAUAUCAGCCGGGUUCUGUGGAAUAACAAUAGGAAACUCGGAACAAUGGUUUAAUGAUAGACAUCUAUGGAAAUGGAUGUAUAUUUGUUGGGGACCGUAAUUGUCAUUAUCUUGUCUGUUAAGUAUACAGACAUUCAUUGCUUUCUGGAACAUUUACAGGGAAAACUUGGUCCAACUGAACUAUUAAACACACAACAGUAAAUGUCAUCACCAGAACAUGGUCGAUGUUGAUCUACUGACUUUGGUCCUCUAAAUGACUGAUUUGUGGGAGUCCCUUGAAAUCUUAUCUGGUCAGAAACUGAACUAACAAUGAAAUUAUCCUGAAAUUAUAUCUGAACUUUACUGUGAGGUUCCAAUGUGAGGUAAACAGCUUUAGAUUAUUUGAUGAGAUUUCAAUGUGAAGAAAAUAAAGCAGCGAAAGCUUAGACCAGUGCAUGGUUACUUCCCAUGUGAUCUGUUUUUGAAUCGCUCUAAUUGAUCCUGUGGGGGCACUGGCACAAAAGUCUCGUAUUCAUGAAUUAUUCAUGACCCAAAUCCAGUAAUCUCUUUGGUUUUGUAGAAAAAGGGCAACAGAAAAUCUGACCAAUCAGAAACAUUGUUUUAUAUGUUUUUUUGGUUUGUUUGGCAAGAUGUCGGAUAACAUGCCAUGUUGACACAUAGGCGCAGCAUCUUAGUAUACCAUUCUAUUUUCCAGACAAAGAAGAGGUUCAUUAAUAAGAAGCAUUUUGAUUAGUUGAUAAAAAUAUGAACAUUCAUGUCACGCCGAAGGUUUUCAAGCCAGUGCUGCCACUGGUCAAAUAAGUGAAAUAUAGAAAAGACUCUGUUGGGGCGACCAGUAGCAACUCACAAGAUCCUUAAGUUUCUGUAAAAUACCAGUGAAUUCUGUCGUACAAAACCUCAAUAUUUUUUUUCUACUUAAUUGAUAAAUAGCUACUACAUAUCAACACCGAGAAGCUUUAAUAAUAGUUAAUAUGGGUCAGUGUCCCAAGAUAAUCCAUUACUGAAAAUCAGAUAAAAUCUUCACUAUCGGAGAUGAAUUUUGAAUAUAUAAUGGGAAAAUGACACAAGUCCCUUUGUAUAGAAAAAAAUAUAUACCUAGGUACCAGGUAACUCCUUUGGAUCCUGUGCUGGCUUUCCUUGUAUGGUAGCUUUACAUUUGACAGAAUUAUACAUGUAUUACAGUAUUUCUUUGAUAAAGGGAUUGAAUUAUGUUUUUCAUAGAAUCUAAUCCCCUUGGUUAUAGAAAUUGUAUAAUACAAUACUUGUAAGGUUUACAUGUACAUUAUGUUGGUUAAUGCUUUCAGAAGUUACAUAAUUUGUACAAUAUUAUUGAAUGUGUUAUAAACAUCCUCCAUGUCAUGUCCUCCAGUUCAGUAAUAGUAUUGUGUUGAUGUUUUUGUGUGUGAAACUGUUUUACAUUCGAUACAGAUCCGUUCAGAUAAAAUCUAGUCAUUGUUAUUGUGUAACUUUGUUUAUCAUGGUGUCUUGUAAUUAUGUUGUUGAAUAAAAUAUAUUUAUCUCGGUGCUGUGUGGCACUACAAUGUCAGGUUGUUCCUGUUCUUGUUAUGAAACUUAAACUUUGUUUAUGUAAAUCUAUUACCAAAACAUG